AUGGAGUCGCUUGCUGAGUGUACCGCUCCGGUCGUACCGUCUUGUGAGUGGUAUCCAGACUGGUCAAAGCAUGAAGUUAGUACCGGAGUAAGUUGUUGUUAACCAUCCUGAGCGAUUAAGACUACUCUCGUUGCGUGCAAGUUUGACGACGGUGUCGUCAUCGGUGCCGACUCUCGGACCUCGAGCGGGUAAUGCUUCUCUUAGUGUUAUUUUGUAAGUACCUUUGUUGCAAACCGAAUAACGGACAAGUUGACACCCUUAACGAAGUACAUAUACUGUUGUCGUUCGGGGUCAGCCGCUGAUACCCAAGCCAUGGCUGAUAUUGUGCGGUAUCACCUCGACUUUCACACAAUAGAGAUGGGUCGCGAACCAACGGUUUUCGAGGCUGCGACGGUUUUUCGCAAUCUAUGCUACAAUUAUAGGGAUGAUUUGCUCGCGGGUAUUUUCGUCGCUGGCUGGGACAGCGAGAACGGUGGGCAGGUUCGUGCAUUUCUGACGAACCAUACUCUUCAGAUAUAUUCUAUACCCGUUGGUGGAAUGCUCAUAAAGCAACCCGCUGUAAUUGGUGGAUCAGGAAGCACUUAUCUUUAUGGCCACUUCGAUUCCGAGCUGAAGCCUAACAUGACGAAGCAGGAGGCCAUUGCAUUCGUCAGCAAGUGUAAGUCAAUUCCCAAUGAUUAUAUGGCGACCACUGUAUUUUUUUAUCUCAUUAUCAUAUGCCGAUUUCUCAUUGUUUCUUUCAUCUUAAGUAUUAACUUGAUGACCCCCACAUUGGCCGCUUUUUGCGACCCAACUUUUCCGUCGAGUUAAGAGCUGCGAGUCUUUGUAACCCGUAUAUUCUGAAGCCCUGUGCCAAGAACGCUGAUGCUUGUUAGUGAGCCAUACACAGGGGUGUUUAUUCUUAUUUCCAUGAUUGGUUUAUUGUCAGCAAGGGGCCCAGCCUGCAUAAUUUACUUACUCUACACUCCGCGGCGUUUAUCUUGUCUUCUUCGGUCGGCUUUUUAAAAUUAUCUGAGUACUUACUUGUACUUGGUACGGCUGCGAUCAUGCCUGAUCUGGCCGACCUCGAUGAUGUCCCCAGCUGUAGCUUUCCGCACGUAACGAUCCGUGGCAGCAGAUCUGGGCAGGUCAACCGAUUCUCUUUGCCAACGACGGAGACCGAAUACCGAAGGGCCAAGUACCACCUUUUCUUGACGAACUCUGUCGAGCCAGGUUUUGAGUUGACUCCCUUUUCGACGCCUCCAUUGUUGUAACGGUGACGGAUCGGGGGUAGUUACAUUGAGCUCCUGAGGUGAACGACGGAAACCAUGCCCAAACAACCUCAGUCGCCUUUCUAGGACGGCCUGGGUUAUCCUUGCGAUGUUGUCGUAGCGAGCACGAACUGUCUCAUUUGAGACGAAGUCGGUGUGCUUAACUCGAAGGAUGGUCCUCAAGCAGUAUUAGUCAGAUACCUGCAGUUUGCGCUUGUCAUCCACGCGCACAGCCCAGCAUUCAUAACCGUAAAGAAGGACAGACCGGAUAGACGCACGGUGCACGCGAGUCUUAAUGGCGAUAGAGAGGUCGCGUCGGAUCCAUAAGCAUUUUCUAAGGCUUGAAAAAACCCGUAGGGCAGCAUCAAUUCGGGAUACAAUGUCAUUUCUCAUCUGGUCAUUCGGAAUUAGCCUCGCCCCGAGGUAUUUAAAACUGUCUACUUCUUCAAUUUGACAGCCAUCAAUCCGGAGAGGCGCCUUCUCCUGGUCAGGGAUGCAGCUUAAAAACACUUUAGUCUUCCCAGCGUUUAUGGAUAAACCGACCGAUUUAGCGACCUCCACCCGUGACGCCAUAGACGGCAAAUCACAAAAACUUGAAGCAAGUAAGACAAUAUCAUCGGCAUAGUCGAGAUCAGUCAGUCGUCGUUCGAGCGCAAACCCAACACCGUCACCUUCAUGUAGGACCCUCCAGAGAAUCCGGUCAAUAGCCUAGUUGAACAGAAUGAGCGACAGGAUACAACCCUGUCGAACGCCAAACCGAAUUCCAAACGGUUGGGUAAGAUUGUUGCGGACCAGGACUCGCGCAGUGGUAGUGCGGUAAUAGGCCUUAAUAAUGACGACGAUUUUUGGCGGUAGACUGUCUAGCGCCAUUACCCACCACAGGGACUCACGAUGGACGGAAUCGAAUGCGGCGGCAAAGUCAACAAAGCAGACGGUCGUCGGUGGUUGGUAGCCAUAUGUGAAAUUCGAGCAUGCGUCAUAGUGUGAAUAACUGGUCCGCGCAUCCACGUCCAGCAGGAAAUCCGGCCUCGUUGGGCCUCGUCCUAGAGUCACGCACAGACUGGAAUCGCAUGCGUAAGACAACAGCGAGGAUCUUCACAGCAUCGUCAAUGAGGCUUAUGCCGCGGUAAGUCUCGCAUCUUGUCUUAUCUCCCUUCUUGAGAAUAGGUGCUAGGAUGCCUGAGCCCCAGUCACCAGGAGCAACCUCGUCUCUCCACGCUUGUUCAAUCACCUCAUAGAGCAAGACCGCCAGUUUUGACAGAAGACUUGUAGAUUUCAGCGGGUAUGCCGUCCUCUCCGGGUGCCUUGUUGUUGCGUAACGUUCGUAUGGCAUCGACGACCUCUACUUCAGAAGGGGAGUCACAUGACACUGCAUAGGUUGGAGAGGGAGAAAAAUCCGCUGCAGAGGAAAGCAAGGAUGUAGUGGAUUGGGUAUCUAAGUUGAGAUGGUGCUAGAAGUGCUCACACCAGCGCUGGACUUUGGUCGAGUUGUCAUCAGUAAAGCCAUUUACGUCGCCAAAAGUUACUUGAGUGUAGAGGACUUGGCGGAUGAGUUUUUGAGUGUCACUAACGUUCAAGGCCUGUUCCAUGGAGGUUGUUACUUCAGUCCAUUAUUGGUUCAGGCGAUCCCUGACCGACUUUGACGACCAUUGGUUACUGCCUUCUCCGUCGUCUCGAGUCGUGAAACAGGACCGAAGUUCUCUGCUAAGGGCCUUGGCAGUGCUGGUUUGCCGGAUGUUUGCGACAUCGAGGUGUCUAGGACGUGGCAUUUUUGGUGCGGAUGAGAGGUGAACUUUCAAGCGUGUACGAGCGAAGACAUGGUCCGGCCCAUGGGCAUUACCAUUCUCGGCACCACGCAUCGAUCUGCUAUCGUGAACUCAACUGCCGAACCUUGAUCUGGCUGGAAUGUACUCAAUCUGACUGGCCGUAUGACCGUCGUUUGAAUACGAGGUCAGCAGAUGUUUCUUUUGAUACUGGAAACACAUGUUGGUGGCAAGAAGUCGAUUCUGAUCAGCGAAGUUUAGCAAUCGCCACUUUCAAACCUAGAAUCAAGCCCAAAACGGCCAAGAAGAUGACUGUUUUUUGAGUCGGCAGGUCCAGUCCGGCCAUUCCAAUACCCGACAACAAUCAGCAGAUCGCGGCGAGGCAGUUGUUUAACUAAAGCUUGCAACUGCGAGUUAAACGCCUGUUUAUCGCGCUGUUCGACAGCUGAAGUUGGUGCGUACACAAAGAUGGUGGAGAUGUUCGCGAAGUGACCUUUCGGUCGCACGUAAGCCAUCCGGUCAUUGACUGGUUCCCAAGCAAAUAACUCGAGGUCCGCUUUUUGAGAGAGGGCGAUAGCCACACCGUGUCUACCAGAAGAGUCGCGCGGGCCGCUGUGGUACAGGGUUGAGUGUGAUUCGACUCCAGGGAUCUUUAUUUCUCGAGAGCCUGACUUAGGAAUUCGAACUUCGGACAGACAGCAGACAUCCACGUUGUACUGUUUAAGGCUGCGCGCGGUCAGACUUUGGGUACCAGGGUCCAGGAACGUUCGCACAUCCCAGCAUCCAAUAUCAAGAGUCCGUCCCCGAAUAAGUAGUCCAGCUCGCAUAUUAUUCGCCCGCACUACUGGACCAGGGUUUCAGAGCGCGUCGGUUUUUGCGGACGCCGUAGCAUGGGUCGUAAUUCUGUAGUCGGCCAUAUUUCAUAAGGUUUCUUGGGAAUUAUGAGUACAGACGGGUUCCCAACAACGCCCGGAUUGUUUGUUCGGGGUUUUCUCCUCUAGCGCUUUGGCUUAAAUGCCUAACCACAAGGCAGCGGUGGCAUGCAAACUUAUUUAAUGGCGGUUUACGCUCGCCAUGUCACAGUGCCUUUAUCGGGCUUUGCGGCUCUUUUAUAAGGCUUUCAAUGCGCUUAACCUCAGCCCUCCGCACCCUGGUAGUACUGUCGCUGCUGGUCCGCGACAGCUUUUGCGUCAGACCUUGGUCUGCUGAUUUCGUAGCUGGCCUUCACUGAAGGCCGUUCCACUAUCCGCUACCUGUGGACGCGCCGGGUGGCCAGCAGCUAGGCUAACGGGCAACCCGCCUUCUCGUCUGAGUCCCCUUUUACUCUGCCUCAUUUUAAUCUGGCAAUGAAUAACCAGAUGGAUAUAAGAUGACUUUAGACAUAAAUGAGCCUCUAUAAUGACGCAAUAAAUGGAUAUAACAACUAGGCUGGCAAGUAGGUAGCGGUCAUCCGACUGGCAGCAUAUCGGUCCAGAUCUCUAGCCCGUCUUCGAAGACCUCUUCAGCGACAAACACUUAAGUAAAAUCUUUUGAAUACUUCUGAACUGUUUGUAGCCUCGGAAACCUCAUUUGAAAAGAAAGGCUCAAUAAGACCUUAACAAGCGUCCCGCCUUGUCUUCCAAUUCGCGUUGUUCAGCUGGGUCUAUCAGAAUUCUGCCGUUCUCGUCGGACCGGACGUCCGUUUUAUUUUUCACUUUUCGCUUUUGAAAGCAAGUCCAGCUUCCUGCACCAGAGGCUGUUUGUAUUGUCAGAAAUUUUAUCAACCAGUCUGUCCGGGAAAGUUUGUUCAGGGCAUUAGUCCCAGAGCAGUCGCCUUCGUGGAUUUUAUUUCUUGCGCACUCUCCUCCCCCACACGGAUCCGGUGUCAAGACAGAGUCAAGAAGACCAGAGGCGGGAGAGGUCGCAGGUGGUUGACAUGGCGAAAACCCUCACCUAAGCGUACCACCACAUCUCUGGUCUACAACGUACACCGACCAGGAAUCUAUACCACAAGAGAAGUGGGUCAGCGGCACGGAUCACAAUUGGCGCGACGCGAGCCUGGCACCACACCUGAAUGUUGGCAUUUGUUAUGGAUGCACAUUCCCGACAUCUACCGGAAUCCCAUCUAGCCCCUGUGUUGGCCCAACGCAUGUACCGUGUGGCCAGUUUUAGGGGCCAAAGUAUGCGGCAUAUUUACCUGUACUUGGUACAUUUAUGAUAGUGUCUGGCCCAACUUCGAUGGUGUUGCAAAUUGUACCUAUCCGUGCGGAUCUAGCGAGCUCGACCCAUUCUCUCAUCUAAUGAUAGAGAUCGAGUACGGAAGGUCAACGAACCGUCUUCAUGCCAUGACGAACGGUGACGAGCCAGGUUUUGAGUUUGCCUUCUUAUCGACGCCUCCAAGUAGACAAUAGCACCAACACGGGGGUCGGGGCGGAAGACGAAGGACGUUUUUAACCCACCUCAAUCAUCAUGGAUAAUCUGAAAUAUCCUUGCGAUGUCGUCGCAGCGGCUGCGGACUGCCCCAUUCGAAACCAAGCCAGUAUACUCCAGUCUAAGGAUGGUUCUCAGGCAGCGGCGGUUAAGCACCUUCGCAUUUUACUCAUCUUCCACGCGCACAGCCCAGCAUUCACAAUCAUGUAGGGGAAAUGGGUUGACAGAUCCCCUCUAUUCGCGCAUCUUUGUGGUGAUGAAGAUAUCGCAUCGGGUCCAUGAUGCCUUCUGAGUAUUAUGAAAACCCUGUGAAUAGCAUUGGUUCGGGAGGCAAUGUCGUCUUGUCCUUUCGGCAGUAGCCUUAUUCCGAUGUAUUUGAAGCUGUCUAGUUUUUACAGUUGACAGCCAUUAAUCCCGAGUUGCGCAUUCUUCUAUCAAGAUGUAGUUCGAUGAUGCUUUGGCUUUCCCAGCGUUUACGCAUAAACCGAUCAAUUCAGAAACUUAAUUCAUCUGCCACACUAUAGUUUGUGGGUCACCAAAACUGGAGGCCAACAUGUAGAGUGAAGGUGCAUGACAGCCACCGAGUUAAUUUCCGUCGAUAUCAUGGAUAUCAGGAGUGCUGAGUCAGCCACAGUUGCAUCAGCGUUCCGACAUAGGGAGGCUCUUGGCCGGCCUCAGAAACAGGUAACAUACUCCUGUCACUGAAGCGUCGGAUCUACUCGGUGGUGCUACUUCUUCCAUCUUUCCCUGACUUAGACCAGCGGUUCAUUUUCGGUGUUCCAUACAGCCUCCUGUUAGCCAGGGCUUGUCGACGUAUUGUCGCCGAACGUGCCCAGUGAUAGUAUCACAGGCCUGGAUGACGUCUCUGCAUGUGUUUUUGCUCCUUCCCGUUGCACAUACUGGAGUUAAGAGUUUUAGGUGUAAUCUUACGAGGACUACUUCGCAGAUGAUUUCUCUUAACUGAGUUAUUUGCCGAGCUUUCAACAGUCCGACGUCUGCACUUUUUGUCCAUGCAACAAUUCUAAAGUCAGUGAAGAUGACACAGGAAACGUCCUAGCCCACUUCACCUUCAUCCCUCUAAUCUUUUGUCAAUGGGCUUUUAACCCGCCUCCUCCCGACUUUUUAUGUAUGACUCAAUCGAAUCUCUUUCGGUUUUUAUUCCGUCUCGUUUGAGUCAUUGGCUCAAUCCCAAUUAAGCCAUAAUCCGACAGCAGUAGUACAUGCAGCUAAGUUCCAGACGGAUUUUGACCUACGACUUUGCAAAAGUCACACGGCCUAAUAAACCCGUCUCUUUAGUGGACUCUGGAUUCUAACUUCCCGUCCGAUUUUCCGAAUUCGAAGGCUGCAUCUGUAGACGUAUCUUAUGCAUGACGUUAACGAACGCUCCCGAGUUGGGUGCUCCGCCUGCUUGUUACAUUCCUACUUUCGUAGUUUUUGUCUAGUUAGUCAUCGGCUUUAUCGAUUACUUGCGAAUCCAUCGCACAGAGACUGGCGAACCGAUGCCUUGAGCACCAACAUUCACGCACCUCAUCCUCAACUGUCCCACUGUCCACGCACAUUCCGUCAUCGUAUGGGCCUAUUUGGCCACAUGCGCAUCCAUAAAAAUCUGCAGUACAGCACUGCCAAUCGAACCCCAUCACCAUCGGCACAUACACCAAACCCUAGCCCGCUCCUCAUCACCCAUCACAAACGCAGAGCCGACACCUCACGCAAGUUGAAAAGAUGCUCUUUGACUCCUUUUCCAUGUGAACCAUUUGUCACUAACACAUAUCAGAUCCGCGCAGUCCACUGUCUUUUUGUAGAAUCCGGAGACCAGGUCAUACGCGUGGCACUGCAGACGGACCGUUUCUGGCUCUGUCAGUUACCGCCAAAUCUCAGCACCAGUUGGUUGAUCGACUCAGACAGUCGACUGGUGCACGGGAGAGGGGACAGAGUGGGGUUGAUCCUUAACGAAUAUUCCUCACUAUAAACAAUCUGCUGUACCUGACACUACCACCGUGCCCCAAAAGCCGUGACUUGAAAGGUUGCCGGCUGACGACUCAACUCGCACCUCGCGGCCAGUCCAGUGUGUGUAUGGAGCGACCAACUGGUUAACUGAGUCCGACUGCAAUGACUCCUUAACGCGAUUUUUAUGCUACUGCGACUAAGUUGGGGCCCGUGCUGCCCCCAUGUUCGUGUUGUUUGAAGUCCUGGUCCUUUGUGCGCCAGCCAAGGGGUAUGGCGGUACGCACAGGUGCGGGUUCGCGCCGCGCCAGCCCCUUACGUCCGAUUCCUCCUCCAGUCCUCUUGACUCCAUCUUGACACUGGGUCAAUCUGAGGAGGGAGUGGGUGCGGCGGGUGCAGCGAAAGUCCAUUACCACCAUAAAACAACUCACGCGUAAGUCACUGUCCCUGUGCUCGCCCUGCUGUGGGUCACACGGUAUACAUAAACAGAAACGACAGUCGAUCUGACAGUUAGCCAAUAUUUUGCUACCAGAUCGUCCGCCACGAACGAGGCUCAUUGCUGUGUCGCAGAGGGUGCUGUAUUGACUUGCGCAUGCUUAGCCUUAUUCCGUCGUGGAUUUACUUCCUGUUCCCUUAUUCACCUAAGAAUUAUCAGUGAGACCUUUACAAAUUAGGUGGAAAUUUGCUCCCAAGCACCCUAGGAGUUUCCCCUGCAAGAUUUUUCCAGCUCGUCUCCUGCUUUGCUUAACUUGUUUGCUCACUAAAGCUGCUUUUCAUGUUUUUAUUUUUUUUUAUCUUAAAGAUUGUUGUACUAAGAACUAACCUCCAUUUCAGGCGUUGGUUUGGCAAUAAAUAGAGACGGGUCCAGUGGAGGAUGCAUCCGUCUUGGAAUCAUUUCGUCGGAGGGAGUCGAGAGAAGACUCAUCAAAGGCAACGAAGUUCCACUUUUUUCGUACAGGGGUUAA